UAUAGAGAAAAAUGUAUACAAUUUAUAUAGAGUUAGAGCAUGUAUAAAAAUUUCAGAAAUGCAAUACAUAUAGUAUUUUGUAAGUUUUAAUAAUGGCAAGAAGAAAUGAUGAUGUUUCUAAUGAUUUGCACAUAAAAAUGUGUAAAAAAAUUGCACAAAUUACUAAAGUUGUUUUUCAUCUUAACUCUAAAGUGUCAGAAAAUCAAAAAAUUAUCAAUGAAAGUAAAGUCAAGCAUGAUGAAAAUAUUAAGUGUUUAACUGAAAGUUUUAAUACUAAAACUGUUAAAUAUGAGCAACAACUUGAAGCUGCACAGCAGCAGCAGAAGGUUGCUAACUAUAUUCAAUGUGAUUUUGAAAAGGUUAAGCUUGAAAAUCAGUAUUUGCUUACUAAAUUAAAUGAACAUCAGGAAGCUAAUGAUUUGUAUAAAGAGCAAAUAAGUAGGGCAUUUGAAGAAAAUGGUUUUCUUCAAGAUCAGCUUGUUAAACAAAAACACGACACUGAAGUACUAAUUAAAGAACUUAUAUUUGAUUUGGAGAAUAAAAUGCAGAUCUCAUUAGAAAAACAAGAAUUGCAGUAUCAAGAAGAAAUAUAUACCAUUAAAUCUGACAAUGAAAAAAAACUGUCUGAAAUAGACCACAAAAAUAAGCUUUUAGAAUUAAAUAACGAAAAAAAAUUAAUAGAAAUGAAUUUUUUAAAAGUUAAUUCAAAUGAUCUUAAUAUACGAGUUCAAAGUUUAGAAGAAAUAAAAGUGUCACUUGAGUUAGAAAUCGCAAAGUUAACAAAGUCUUAUGACGCCAAGAUAAAUGAACUAAAUUUGUUUUAUGAAAAUGAAAUUAAAAUGCUGAAAGUAAAGUAUGUCCAUGACAAUGAAAAUUUUCAAUUUAAAGAAAAGUCUCAACUUCAAGAUUUAGAAUCUAAAAGUUUCAAUUUUCAAAACCAAAUUUGUAUGCUCCAAUCUGAAUUAUCUAUAAAAGAAAAAGAAAUAAGCGAUUUGAAAAUAGAAUUUGUUUUUUUGCAGGAUUCACUUGGAACUAAGAAUGUUUUGUUAUCUCAGGUGAUUAAUGAGUUAGAAGAAAAAAAACAAUACAUUUUAGCAUUGGAAGAAGAUAUAAAAAUUAGCAAGAAUGAAGAGAUUGCCAAAUUAGAAGAAGCAAGAUUAACAUUUAAAAAUCUUGAAAAAGAAAGAGACAAUGCAAUUUUGCAUGUGUCAGAAAAAAAUGAUACCAUUACAGAUUUACAAACUGCACUUGAACAUGUCAAUAAUGAAAUGAAUAAACAACUAAAAAAGUUUAAAGAUUUACAUGAUACAAGUUCCAUUUUGCUGGAAGAAAAUAAAAUCUAUCAAAAAAAUAUAGAGGAUGAGAAAUCAAGAACCUUUAUGUACUCUGAGUUAUACAAGAAUAAUCUAGCUACUAAAGAAGAAGAAAUUAAAAAUUUGCGUUCUGAAUUAAGCAGGAUUAAAGAUAAACAUUCUUUUGAUGUUUCAAAUCUUGAAAAAAAAAUGAAAGAAGAUUUGGUUUUAGAAGAAGAGAAACACUUAAAAACUGUAGAUAAAUUGGUAAAUGAACAUGAACAGAAGCUAGUAAGUAUUAAAAAUAAACUUUCUCUUGAGUUAAAGCAAGAAAAACUAAAUAUUGUUGAUCUUCAUUGCGCACAGAUAAAUGAGAAAGAAAACACUAUAACAUUUCUUAAAACUAGUAUAGAAAAGCACAUUAAUCAUAAUAGUUCUUUAAAUUCACAAAUUGCUGGUUACAAAGAAUUUAUUCACUGUUGUGUUGAUACAGAAAAGAGACUUAGUGAGGAAAUUUUAGAGUUAAAACAUAAACUUUCUGCUGCUGAAAAUCAAAAUUUUAAUUUGCAAAAGUGUGUUACAGAUAUCAAGAGUGUUGAGCAAAAGCAGGCAAUUCUAUGGCAGGAAGAAAAAAGCAAUUUUCAAAGUUCUUGUGAAAACUUAAAUAAUGAGAAAUUGUUGAUUGAAACAGAAUGGCAAAAAAAAAUAGUUAAUGAAGUUUUAAAAUGGAAGUUGAAAUUAAAGUCUCUUGAAGAAAAAAAGGAUCAAGAACUGUUAAAAGCAAAACAAGAUCUACAACUGUUUACUGAAAAUAAAGAACAAGAAAUAUUUAUACUUAAAGAGCAGAUAACUCAGCUUAAUUCGGUUAUAAAUAGACAACAAAAUCAAUUAUCAUUAACCUUACUUGAACAGCAAAAGACAAUUGAAUUGUUAAACAAAAAUUUUGAAGAAGAAAAGGUUCUUUUUGAAAAUAAUUACAGGCUAACAAUAACUGCAAUGGUUUCAGGACAUUCCAAAGAAAUUGAAGACAUAAAAUUAUAUUUGAUUAAAGACAAAGAGAGUGCAAUAUUAGCCUUAAAUCAAAAGUAUGAGAAAAAAAUACUUGAUAUUCAAAAAGAAAAUCAGCUUUAUACUGAUGCCCUUAAAAGUAACCUUGAAUACCAAAAUAAAAAAGCUGUUGUUGAAUUAAUGAAAAGCUUUGAUGAGGAAAAAGCAUUACUGCAAUCAAGUCUACAUCUGCAGUAUGAAGAGAAAAUAAAAAAACAUUCAGAAGAAUUUAAUGACAAAUUUAUAGCAUGUAAAAAAAAACUUAUUUACAGUGAAGAAGUAAGAGAUAAAGAGCUUUCCAUCUACAAUGAAAAAGUUAGUGAUCUUCUUAAACAACUGGAACAAGAAAAGGAGCAAGUUAAAACACUUUCAUUGAAAGUAACUUACAUGACAGAUGAAGCAAUUAAAAUUGGAAAAGAAAUUUACCUCAAAGGGCAGGAGGUCUUAGAUGUGAGAAGAGAAUGCAAUAAACAAAUGAGAGAACAACUUGAAAUCUUAACAAUGAAACACGAUGUUUACGUUGAUGAAGUAAAAGCUAAAUGUGCCUAUGAAUUGAAUUUGAUGGCUAAUGAACAUAGUGAGAAAAUUUUAAAAUUUCAAAAAGAAGUUGAAAGUUUGAAACUUGACCUAAAGAAUGCAAGUAAUAUGUUUCACAACAGACCAUCUAGAAAAGAGGACAUUGAUUUGAUUGAUGAGUUAAAAAAUUGCAUUUUUGAGCAAGAAUUGGAAAUAAGAAAACUCACUAAAGAUAGAGAACAUUAUCGGUUGGAGUUAAUAAAUAGAGAGCAAAAUUUUAAUAAAUUGUUUAACUCUUCACCCCAUGUCGGUGUUAUAGAUCCUAUUGCAAAAAUUUCGUCAAAAACAAUUUUCAAGAAUUAACGAUACCCUGGUGAUGCAUAAUUAAUUUAUUUUUUAAUUUUGAAACUAUGUGUUUACAAAAAAUAAAUUACUAUUUUUACAUAAAUUAUGUAGACGGUUUAUAUAAGCUUUUUAAUGUUAUAA